AGCUGAAGCACUGAAAAGGAAAGUCAGGCAUAUUUUAGUGAAAAGUUCAUGCUUCUCAACUAUGAUUUUUAAAUUGCGAAUUUAAGUUUAUAGUAACAUUAAAAAUUAAUCAUAAUUAUUGCAGAUACCUACACAGCCUUAUUCUCAGAAAGUAGGCUAUUUGUUAGAAUAGCUGAAAUGAUUCCUGUAGUGAGACAGGAAAAUGUCUUAAGCAAGCUGCACUGAACAGUAGUUUGCAUUCUCUUUCUCUUGUUUGGUUGUAAUUAUAGCGGACAACAGAUGAAAUAAUUAUUGACGCAUAGAAUAACACAAAUCAUGUCAAACAGGGACUUCAAACACUGUGCUUUGGGGUCAAUUACCUGUGUGCCUGGAACUUUGAUCACGCUGGUGAAUGGCCAGAUGACAUAACUUGGGAGGAUGUACAUGCAAAGAUAAAUAGGCAGCUUUUCAUUGAAUUUUCAAGCAGAACAAGAAAUGUCAGUGAAGUGAAAACGUGUGUUUCUAAUAUGCUCAAGGAACUUCAACAAAGGAAGCUAAUAUUGAUGAAUUAAUUUGCUGAAAUUGCAAGCAAGAGGCUUUGUUUGUUUGGUAUUUAAACUUAAAUGGAUCCUGUUUCCAAUAAGCAGCAUGAAGGGGGAGUAUUCCCAGGGCACUGCCAUGCCAAAUGGAAGACAGCAUGUUCUCUGCCUGAUGAAAUUUGGGAUGAAAGACAGCAACCACAAUCCCUAACAUCAUCUCAGAACUGCCAGAGGAGAACUGUAGAAACCACUUGGACUGCUGCAAAGUCUGGCUGCAGGGAUGGGCAAGAUGCGUUCCCAUGGUUUGGAAUGGAUAUCGGUGGAACGUUGGUUAAACUGGUCUACUUUGAACCUAAGGACAUUACAGCAGAGGAGGAGCAGGAGGAGGUGGAAAACCUGAAAAGCAUUAGGAAAUACCUGACCUCCAAUACAGCCUAUGGUAAAACUGGCAUUCGCGAUGUGCACCUGGAACUGAAAAAUUUGACUAUGUGUGGACGCAAAGGAAACUUGCACUUCAUCCGCUUCCCCAGCUGUGCCAUGCACAGGUUCAUACAGAUGGGCAGUGAAAAGAACUUUUCCAGCUUGCACACUACGCUCUGUGCCACGGGAGGUGGAGCUUACAAGUUUGAGGAAGACUUUAGAACGAUGGCUGAUCUACAGCUCUAUAAACUGGAUGAAUUGGACUGUUUGAUCCAGGGCCUCCUUUAUGUUGAUUCUGUUGGUUUCAAUGGCCAACCAGAGUGCUAUUAUUUUGAAAAUCCUACAGAUCCUGAACAGUGCCAGAAAAAGCCUUACUGCCUUGAUAAUCCCUAUCCUAUGCUGCUGGUUAACAUAGGCUCAGGGGUCAGCAUCCUAGCUGUGUAUUCUAAGGACAAUUAUAAAAGAGUUACAGGAUCCAGCCUUGGAGGAGGAACGUUCCUGGGGCUGUGCUGUUUGCUCACUGGCUGCGAGACGUUUGAAGAAGCGCUGGAAAUGGCCGCGAAGGGAGACAGCACCAACGUGGACAAACUGGUGAAGGACAUCUAUGGAGGAGACUACGAGCGCUUUGGCCUUCAGGGCUCUGCUGUAGCCUCCAGCUUUGGUCAUAUGAUGAGUAAAGAAAAGAGAGAUUCCAUCAGUAAAGAGGACUUGGCCAGAGCUACUUUGGUCACCAUCACCAACAACAUAGGUUCAAUUGCUCGCAUGUGUGCACUGAACGAGAAUAUCGACAAGGUGGUGUUUGUUGGCAACUUUCUCAGAAUUAAUAUGAUUUCUAUGAAGGUGCUAGCAUAUGCUAUGGAUUAUUGGUCCAAGGGACAGCUUAAAGCUCUCUUUUUGGAACAUGAGGGUUAUUUUGGAGCUGUUGGGGCUCUUCUAGAAAUGCUUAAAAUGACAGAUGAUCAGUGAUGAAGCUGUCUGAAGAGAUUCCUACUGCAGAUGCUGCUGGGUAAGAGUGAAAGCCACUACAAGGAUGGAAAUGAAGCCAUUAUGGUAGUUCUACCUGCUGGAUUUGUAAAUAAUUUAAAAUCCUUUUAGCUGAUCUUUAAUUUCUGGGUUUUGACCUUAUACUUCAGAAGUCAUACAGGGAAUUACGAGAUUUUUUUUCUGUACACUGUAUUUUAUAGGGGAAAAAUGUGCAAAGUGGCCAAACAUACAGAUUUUAUGGAUUUAUUUUAAAAAAUGGAUACUGUUUAAUGUAGGACCUGUGAUAUGAGGCAUCUGCUUUUCUUCUGGGGUUUACUGAUUAGUGUGGUAAUUUUAACUUCAUUUAGUAAUCACUCUAGGAGAUUUUUUAUCUUAUUUUCAUGACGUUUCAUGAUUUGUUCUUGGUUUCAAAUGAAACUACAAAGCUGAUGCAUUUUACUGUGAAAAGUAGUCAUUGAUUUUUUUGCCUUUCCUUUCCUCAUUAGAUGAGAUACUUUAACAUCUCUCUGCCCACCCCACCCCCCAAAAAAAAUUUGCAAAUCAUUCUGUGGCUAAAUGCAUUUCUUUAAAGGACUGUGAGGAAGCUUCGUAAUAGCAGGGGGUUAAAGACUGUAAUUUUUCAGUGGUCAUGAAUUGCAACAGGAAGAGACUGCCAACUGGUUUUGCUGGGCUGAUUCUUCUGUAUAAUAAAAAAAAUUUAAAGAAGAUGUGAACUAGAAUUUUAAUUAUUGAAUUGACACUAAAAUGAAAAUCUGUUUCUGAUUAAAACCUCUGAUCAACAUGAAGAGUUCUGUAGUAAAGCUGUUACUCACACUUGGUAUUAGAUGGUAAAGGGAGAUUGUCUUCAGUUAUUUUUCUGCAGUCUGCAAGUUCUAACUUGUUCUUAAUUGAAAACAACUGAUAACAGCAUUAUUAAAAGCCCAGUUACUAAAAUUAGAAAAUCACUGACUAGAGUGUUUUCUGCUUUUAAACUAGUGUUAACUUCCUCUCCAGGACAAUAAAAUUUGGGUGUUUAUUCCAAUACAGUAUUUUCUACCUUUUUGGAUUCAUGGACCUCUCUAGAUCUUUUUUUCCCAAGUUGAAUUGAGAUCCCUUUGAAAUCCAUAUACUUAGGUUGCUGCAGAGCAUGUAUAAAGUUGGUCUCCUUAGACACCUUGAGGGCUCACAAAUGAGAGGCUGAAAAACAAUUCAUAAAUUAUUUUGUCUUGCAGGACUGUAUGUGAUGUCACAUAAAGUAAAUGACUCAUCAGAGGGACAGUAUAGAAUUCAGUAUAUUUUUGGAAGGGGGUGUAUUUCACUUUUUUAAGUCAUUGACUUACAUAUCUCCCAAAUGUUGAAAGAUGGUAAUAUGAACUGGAGUGUUAACUUGUGUGAUGGAAAUAAAGACCACUACUGUUUUGACAGUUUUAAUGUGUCUGUGGAAUUCAUUUCUUGAAAGCAAUGAUGUGACAUAUGUAGCACUUUUUUUGUGACAUACAUGGCUACUUAUUUCCAUGAUAAUGGUUUGGUUCUGGACAUGUUUUUACUCUUCAUAAGAAGGCUUUAGUCUUCGAAGCCUUUUGU